AAAAGGUGAAAGUAAACAAAGUUGUUUUUCAUCUCUCGCAAGAAAAAUCUGGUCAAAUCCAAGGAAAAUGAAGAAUUAUCAGAUGCUCAAAUACUAAUCAAUUUUUAAACUUAAAUUUUGACUGCCCAUUAUUACUAAUGAUGGCUAUGAUGGAUCGUGAAGAGGAAUUUCUGAGUAACUUCUUCAACUCUGUUUCACAUCUCAGUUUCGACAAAGCAAAAGAAUGUCUGGAACGUGGAAAAGAGGACAGUAUGCUGCAGUCGCCGGCCUGGAAUUUGCUAAUUUGCGCUCUUUCGCAGUUCGCGGCUGCUGAGAAAUCCUACGUUGAACUUGGUUUUUUCGCCAGACAGAAAAGCCUUUUUAAAAUUAAAGAUAAUUCUCUGAGAUCUGUUUACGAACAUUUGAGGUCUGUUGAAAUGAAACGGGUAGACGCUCUUGCCAAGGACUCUGGCAACAAAACUAUUGCUUCAGUCUCUAGUCAGUUGGAGGACUUCAUGAAGGCCAGGAUUGAGCUGAUCGAAUUCUAUGAAUUGAUGCAGGGAGUUGGUUCUAGCAAGCCUGUAAAAUUCUGCGAGCUCUGGGGUUUCCUGGAACAAAUUGUUGAAAAACAUGCUCUUGCCUGUCCACACCUCUCACUGACUUGGCUCAAAGCUGCGCUCAGCUUGGAAUGUGAGGUAUUACUCCAUUUGGUGCGAGCAGGAGCCGAACUGGCAGAAUGGAGAUUUUUGCCCUCCUUGAUGCUCUUACAUGGAGCCCACACCAGACUUGUAGCUUGGGAGACUUCAUUAGGAGCUAGAUCGUCUGAAUCCUGGCGACUGGGCUCUUUUUUAACUUCGACGAGACUCCCCUUACUGCACCAAUGGCUGGUUAAAAUGAAAAGUGGACUCGGUGCAAAAUUUGCCCUCCUUUUUUACAACACUCUCCUGCAGCAAACGGUUACGUCUGAGAUGAAGGCACUCUGCUCCAAGUUAGCCCCUGCAGUGGAUUUUUCACAGAGGCUUCAAAGCUUCCAACACAAGUCAGGAGCAGUAGCUGUCUGCAUUGUGUUUGAUAUGUUCGGUUUGCCAGACCACGAAGGGCCUGGAUACAAAAUUCCCAAACUGCAAAGUACCCCUACUAGACUCUCUCCGGCACAAGUUUCCCCAGCAGCUAUUGAAUCUCCAUUAAGCGACCCACGAUUUGCACAAGUUUUAUGCAUUCCGCAGGCUGGGCAGAUCAACUUUAUUGAAGUAACGAAACUAAUUCUCGAGAAGGCAGCCGAGCUUUCGACUCUCGAUAAAGUUGUCAUCCACUUCAAUCAAAGAGAGCAGUGCUCAGUUUUUAUGAUAAAUUUUGAUCCUCGACUGACGCUGGCAGCCGUUUUUAAUGGGAAAAAGUCCGACAAGGAAACAAUGGCAACGUCCUUUUUAUUGGAAACUGCAGCACAAUUGCGGGGCAACAGACUGCUAGCCUCGUUAAAGCCAGGAGCAAAGUAAAGUAAUAGCAAUCUCGAAAGAAAGAAAGGCUAUCUGUGACAACUCGUAGAAAUUAUGAAGACGAGCUUAUUUUGAAAAGAACCGCCUAUGGGCAAAUGACCACACCUCCUUUCUGCCCAUCUAUGUACUGCCACUAGACUGUUGAU